AUGCCGGAUUUGUACACUAGUUAUUUUGAUCUUCACGGUAACAUGACCAUCAGCGAGGACUGCAAGGUCAUCGCGGAAACGACGAAGACGUGCCCGGGCAACAAGUGCAUCUACGCGUUCGUCGAUUCCGGCCUUGUCGGUUUCAUGCACAUCCGGAACUGUGCCCCGCCAAAGUACCUGGAGAAUUGGGAGACCGGACGUCGAGUCGUUAAUGGCUCCACCUGGUUCCACGCCUGCGAGAGUGAGCGCUGCAACAAGUUGCAACUCUGGGAGUUGAAGGCGGGCGAUCAAGCCGGCCUCCAACAAAUGCUGUUUGAAGUGAACCCGUACGGGCAUCGCCCAGGACCCAACGAUUUCUGCUCGAUCGGGAUGAGCAACUGGAAGGGACGGGCACUGCGUGUCCACUACUCCUUGAUCCAGAAUUCCCCCUACCAAAGCCGCAAAUUCUGGAGCCGCAAACUGAAAAGCGAGCGCCCACUGAUGAUCAGUCGCGUCCCGCUGCGCUUCGAACGACUUGAUGAUGAU